GUUCAGCUCUAAUUGAAACUACGAUUCAUCAAGACGGUGUUAUUGAAGUGGAAACUCCCUGGAAUCAAGGUCUUGUUUGGGAAUCAGUUCCUCAUCCAGUCCUUAUGGGUACUUUACCCGUUCAAGCUGGCAUGUUUCCAGUACCCCUGAGACUCACAUCUUUUGACGGAGAAGAGAAAAGCACGGUAUCUUCCUGGAACUAUGACAUCAAGUUCAACAGAAAGGAUAAAGAAAAGACUAUAGCGGCUCUGGAAAGGAUCUUAGUGGUAAAUGAUACUCAACUUUUGACAGUAGAAUACGACUGGGUUGCAGACCGUGAAAUAUUGUACAACAGCUCCAGAAGACCUUUCUUAGUAGUCCAGUACGACAAUUUCUCCAGGCCUGUCCAGUGGCUCCCAACUGACACUCGACUUCCCCUUAAUCUGAUGUAUGAGAGGCUUGGGCGUCUGUCUGGCUGGCAACAAGGUCCACUCUCCGAAUCCUACUCUUAUGAUCGAAUGGGCCAUUUAACUGAGGUCAAGAAUCCAGACAACUCAGCAAUGAAAUUUUCCUAUGAAUCAAAAACUACACCUGCAAAGAUUACAUUACCUAGUGGCAGAAAAUUCACAUACCACUUUGAUGACAAUGGUGGACUUAAGUACGUGACAACUCCUAAAGGAUCGCGCCAUACAUUCACUGCUUACGUGUCUAUAGGAUUUUACAAGCUCCUCUAUACACCACCAGGCAAUGCGGGUUCCUACGUGGUUCAUUUCAACGACCAGAGAUUGCCGCUACUUAAGACAUACCCCAGAGAUCUAGGACGAGCACUGUACCGAUAUGAUGAUCGCAUGAUGCUGACAUCUAUCGUGUAUGGGGGUGGGAAAAUUGAAAGGAAUUACAGCCAGUCAGGAUUCGUCAAUUACGAAGCAUGGAAGACACAAGAUGUUGAAAUCAUCAGCGAGUUUUCAUAUUCAGGUUCAUCUUUAACCAAGUGGAAAAUGAAGUUUAAUAGCCCUUUUGCUUUAACAAAUGCAAUUUUUACAUAUACCUAUGACGGCAUGCAGCGUCCCCUUACAAUUUCACCUAAGGUCGGCAAUAUUCAGUUACAACCUUUGGAGUUUUCCACUAGUAUCACCAGUGGUCGCAAAGAACAAAUAGGUCCUUUUCGCUGUUAUGAGAGAUUCCAUAAUGAAAGUAUUAUAUCUGAUGGAGUCGCAUCUAUUACAAGACAGGUGGAUCCUUUAUAUAGACUCAAGUUUUUAUCUAUUGUAAUCAGCGAUAAGGAG